AUGGGUCUCAAGCAGCGGCUCCAAGUUAAGCACGGAGACCUCGUGUCUGGCGUGGACUCCAAUGCAGACCUGGAUCCGAUUCCGCGGGACUCGCCCAGGAGGACCUGGGGAUGGGUCAGUUUGACCGGGUUCUGGAUCUCGGAGGCCUUCUCGAUCAGCAUGUAUCAGGUCACGUCUACAUCAGUGUCGAAAGGAUUGAAUGCAGGUCUGGCGAUCGCCGCGGUGGUCGUCGGCCACAUGCUCGUAUACAUUCCCGUCGCCUUGGAUGGAUACAUCGGCUCAAUCUACGGCAUCAACUUUCCCAUCCUGACCCGUGCCAGCUACGGCAUGCGAGGCAGCUACUUUGCCGUCCUCAUUCGCGGCCUCGUCGCCAUCAUCUGGUUCGGGACCCAAACCUACCAGACGGGCGAAUGCAUCUCCUCCAUGAUCAGCGCCAUCUGGCCCUCUUUUGAGCACCUUCCGAACCACCUCCCUGCCUCAGGCCCCAUCACCUCCUCUGAACUUCUCUGCUUCUUCCUCGCCAUCAUCGCCCAACUCCCGCUCCUCUACCUCAACAUUCCCCAACUACGGUACCUCUUUCUCGUAAAAAUGGCGAUCAUGCCGAUUUUCGGUCUUGCUCUUUUCAUCUGGGCCGUCGCAACCGCCCACGGCUUUGGGCCUGUCUUUUCCAAACCUAGCCACAUCACCGACGGCACUCCAGUCGCUGUGGUAUUCCUACAAUGCGUGACCAGCGCCAUCGGCCCCAAAGCCACCCUCGCCCUCAACAUGCCCGACUUUACCCGCUACGCGCACUCUCCCCGACAAAUUUUCUGGACGCAAGCCCUCGGCCUUAUCAUACUAGUGUCCCUCUGCGGCGUCCUAGGGGCAACCGUCACCUCCGCCAGCGAAAUCAUCUACGGCGUCCAAACCUGGAAUCCACUGCAAGUGGCCGCCCUCUGGGACAACCGUGCCGCGCAGUUCUUCGCCGCAUUCUGCUGGUCUCUGGCCGCCAUCGGGACCAACCUCUCCGCGAACAGCGUAUCCUUCUCCAACGACCUCUCCCUCUGGUUUCCCCGCUACAUCAACGCCAGACGAGGCGCCUACGUCUGCGCCGUACUAAGCAUCCUCAGCUGUCCCUGGUACAUCCAAGCCGACGCAACAUCCUUCUCCUCCUUCCUCGGUGGCUACUCCCUCUUCCUCGGUUCCCUCGCCGGCAUCAUCAUAACCGACUACUGGCUCAUCCGAGCCCGAAACCUCCGCGUCCGAUCCCUCUACGAUCCCUCUCCAAACGGCACGCACUUUUUCACCCGGGGAUUCAAUCUCCGGGCGUUCAUGGCGUUCAUCUGCGGCAUCGCACCGAAUCUCCCCGGGUUGGCACAUGCGUGUGGACAGACGGGGGUGCCGAGGGGAGCGGUGUAUCUGUAUUCGAUGAGUUGGGUGGUGAGUUUUGUGGUCUCGGGGGGUGUGUAUUGGGGGCUUUGUGCGGGGUGGCCGGAGGAGAAAGAUGGGGAGAUGGUGGGCGUUCAGGAAGUGGCUGUUUAG